GUAGCUUCCACCUUGCCGGCUCUCGCGCGAGAAAUCGUAACGCGUGCGAUCUUGACGUCCGGACGUUCUCGUCGUCCUCGGUGUUCUUUUUCGUAAAGAUGGUUCUCGUCCGAAGAGCCUUCUUAGGCUCUAUUUAGAGAGAAGGGUUCGCUCCAACGAGCGGCCAAGUGUCAAAGUGCGGUUGGUGAAGUGACAGACAUCGCGAGUAGGAGAAGCAGGUACCAACCCGGUGGAUCUGGUAUGGUACAGUGGACGACCGCGAGUCGUCCCUGUCGUGCAACACCAGCUGACGCAACUUCGCGAAGGUGGUUCGCGUGGCGAGGCGGGACAAGGACGCGACGAUGGCGGAGCGUCCCGGUGGCGGCAGGAGACGCUCGCGUCGCGACAGCGCGGACACCGGCGGCGCGAAUCGCGACACGCCGUCCACGUCGAGGGAGCGCAGGACCAAACGCAAACCGGUGAAGGAGCGAUGGCUGCUCACGAGGAAGACUUGGCGAUACAUGGCGGAUGCCGGCCGGCGUCUCAUCCCGGACGGUACCCACAACCGGCCGGAGGACAUCCCGAAGAUCGAGCAGUACUUCCAGGAGGUGUGCCAGAAGGAGCCGCGGUUCCUGCUCUGGAGAAAGGCCUCGUAUCCGGGUGGUCUCGCGACCUUUCGUCCCCAGCGACGUCGCAGACAGAUCAAAGGCGGCAGCUGUCGAAAUCAAGCCAGCUCGGCCGACGAGGCCGACGACGUCAGGAACUCGCCGCAGAACUUUGUCGUUCGCGCGACCACGUCCGGCAAGUUUGAUCUUGCCAAGGCGAAGAGAGAGUGGCUGCUGACGUCAGGCAGCGGGAGCACGCCGUCGAGUCCGGUGACGCGGCGCAAGACGUCCGAAGAGGAUGCCGAGGCUAAAGAGCUGGCUGAUAUGCUACAAAAGUACCUGAACAUGCAGGGCGACGCGACUAAUCCGGCGAGGGCGGCCGCGAAGUCGCAGGAGACGAUGCAACAGACGGAGGCGAAGGAGCACUUCGACUACCGUAGUUUGAUAGACAAGCUACAGCAGCACCUGGACAUGAUCGUGGCUCAGGCUAAACGCGAUCGAGUCUCUUACCAGAGUACCUCCAGCGAGACUAACCCGGUUCCCGAGAUUGUGUCGUCCUAUCAAGGCGACUACGUUCAUAAAUCACUGAUGGAGACGCUGAGUCGUUACUAUAGCAAGUCGUCUUCUCGGGAGCACGUGAUUUCCGACAUCUUGACGGAUCGGAAACUCCUCGAGAAGCUCUACUUUGAUCUGAGGUGCACUCGGGGUUUCAGAGGACCCCGAGCAACCGGCGCGUACACCUCGCCAUCUACCAGAUGGUGGGGUCACGAGAGACCGUCGACCAAAAAGUCUGACGUUUGGUCACCUACGAGGACAGGUCACUCAAUUUCACCGCCACCUCUGAUCGCCGUCCAGGAACCCAGCAUCGAUCGGAGCUUCCUGGACGAUGGCGUGCAAACCGAUCCGGUUUCUCGGGACGUUCUCGAUACGUGUCUCCUGGAAAAGGACGAGUCCUCUUCGCAGAAGGAAGGAACGUCCCACAAGUCGAGCGGACGAAGACGCAGCAGCCUCGAUAACGAUGACGUUUCACCUUCCGUCAGCGACACCAUUAAGCGAUACUUGCGGAUGGCGCGAAAAAAAUCCAUGGACGCGGACAAGGCUGAUCGGUUCAAGCGGGUGAAUUACGAUCGCAAUCUUCGGAACAUCAAGGCCAAGGGCGAGAUCACCAAACCAGGGGACGACGACGGUAACAGCAAGGGUUGCCAGACCGAGGACAAUUGGGCGACGCAUUAUCGCGAGAUGUCGUCUUACGGUCCCGGUGAAAUUCCGUCGGAAAAUUUAUCGGACGCCGAUACGACGACGUCACCGCCCGCGAGCAGAAACGCCAGCUCCAGGAGCAGCAUCGACGCCGGCCUCGGCUCCGAGGAGGCCACCACUCCCGUUAAACACCAUCCCCAUCAUCAUCAGUCCUUCCUGUCCCAUCUCCUGCACGGUUCCAAUGCGCAUAAGGAUAAGACGUCCCACUCGGCACCGGGUUCGCCGGCACUCACGUCAUCGUCCGCCAAUUCCGCAGGUGGCACCGCGAUGCAGAAGAGCAAGUCCUCGAGCAGCGUCGUGCAUCACGGCAGCCGGCUGGUGGCGAAGAAGAUCUGGCGCUCCAGGAGCAAGAGCACGUCCAGGGCGUCGCAUCAGCCUUCCGUCUGGACGCCUCAGGGAAAAUGCACCUGGGCAGGCACGGGAAAUCGGCGCGUAACUCUUCAAGAUACAUCGCUGCGAGCGCUGUCCGAUGUCGAGAGGAAGGUCCUCUGCAAGGUGGCCGUGGCGAAGCUCCAGGCUCUCAAUCUGGGUGUGCACAUCAGGCCGCCGAGCGAAACUCUUGGUUCCGGGUCGGCGACCACGAAGCCAAAGAGACGAGCGUACUUGCUGAAGAGGAAGGCACUCACGACGGGCUUCUUCGACAAUAAAGGGAAGGACGAGAAGGAAAAGGACGUAGCUGGCGGUCUGGUAUUUGGUAUACCAUUGUCGCAGUGCGUGGAGAAUGACAGGAUCGCCAGAAUUGCCGCUGGAGAGGUCGCCGAUGUGGGUUGCCUGAGCAGGAGCAGCAGACACGGCAGCCGGACCAGUUUUUCCAGCCUUAUAGAAACACCUACGACCGUGGCAGCGAAAACGGAGGAGGGUGGUUCCUGCGAGUCUUUGUCGUCGAAAGGCGGUGCUCUCACAGGAAGCGAUUCCGGAGUGCUCGAGCUGAGUGACAGCGGUGGAGGAAGUCCCGCUGGUGAAUGGGACGCGGUGCCGGCCAUCGUAAGGCAAUGCAUUAGGCAUCUCGAGGCCACUGGUCUUCGAACGCUAGGCGUGUUCCGCGUGUCACCCUCGAAGAAGAGGGUGAGGCAGUUAAGGGAAGACUUUGAUUGCGGUCGGGAGACCAAGAUAGGCGCCGAUCAGUGUCCUCACGACGUAGCCACUCUUCUGAAGGAAUAUUUCCGCGAUCUGCCGGAUCCUCUGCUUUGCAGGGAGCUCUAUCAAGCCUUCGUGCACACGCAAAAGAUCAGGAACAGACGGUUGCAGCAGGAAGCUCUCCAGCAUCUCAUUCAACUUCUGCCCACGCCCAAUCGCGAGACACUCUGGGCACUUUUGAACUUCUUGAGCGUCGUCGCGGCUAACAGUGAGGACCAGAAGAGCGAGACCGGGGAUUGGAUUCCGGGAAAUAAAAUGGAUUCGACCAACCUCGCAACUGUGUUCGCCCCGAAUAUCCUGCACUGCGUGAAACCCAGCCAGAUGAGGUCGGAGGUCUCAACGGAGAGAGCCGAGGAGAGAAUAGAUGUGAUAAACGUCGUACGUACGCUUUUGGAACACACGUCGACUCUUUUCACGAUACCGGCGGCGCUGGUGGACGAAGUCUACCAGCAUAUGAUGGACACUCAUCCGGCGGACCUGGACAUCGCCCUGUCUCGUCGCGUCGAAGAACAAUGCGGAGAUGAUGUGGAUCCCUGUAGCGAGGCGGAGACGUUCUCGGUGGAGGAGACGCUGACUAUGUCAACAAACACCGCGGCAACGACGACAUCGACGAGAAAGAUGUGGACGAGAGAACAGUGUCUGCAUCAGACCGCCGGCGUCGGCGGUGAUAUAGGACCAAGGCCGAGACGGCCCAAGAGGCCAGGAAGCCGAAGAAAGGAGGAAGGCAGAAGCAACAGCGUCGAUAGCGGAUCGAGCGAAGAUCCGUCCGAUCCUCGCCGAAGGUCCUCGCCAGUAGUGAUUACCGCUAGUCUCACCAUACCCAUGUCCGACGCGUUCACCCUGAACCUCGACGAUCCGGACAUUCCUUACAUCGAGGAAGCGCCGAAGCAACCGAGCGCUCCCCCGAGGCGCCAGAGGCAGAGAUCGAUCUCUGGUUGCAGCGAAGGCGGAAGACACGGAAGUGACAGCGCGGUAGGAUCGUCGGCGACCCUGUCGGGCGAUCAAGCGCCGAGUUCUCCGCCGUCGUGGGCGUCUUCGCCCCCAGCGAGUCCCGACAGCGCGGUCACCGCCGUCUCGUACAUCCCGGAUCAGCAAGCGGUUCUCCAGAGGGUCUCGUUCACGACCUCGAGCGAGGUGAGGCAAGUGGGCAGGUCGACCGGUCAGCAGGAAGCGAGCAGGAGCACGACGGCUCCGUACACGCCGAGCAUCACCAGCAUUGGCGGUGCGGUUUUGAGGUCCAAGACCGCCGACAUCGAGAGGAUGCUGCAGAUCUCGCGGCGGGACGUCGACCUCGCGCCGACCCUGCAGACGGGCAAGAACUCGACGGUGACCUCCGGCGAGAGCAAGAAGUACACGAAGAGGCGGUACACGGACACGAGGCAUCAAACGCGCCACAUACCCGACGCCGACACCCUGGCCGGCAAGACGUCGACGCUCGGCGCGACGUCCACCACGUCGACGAUGUCGUCCCCGGUUACCUCGGCGAUGACGACGACGCAGAAUCAGCGCGUGCAGUCGGUCUGGAAGAGACGGGAACUGAUCUCCAGCGCGCCCAAGGAGGGAUACUUUUAAAUUUUAUAUUAUCGCGAUUGACGUAUCGAAUCGAGAUUCGAGAUCGAUUGUCGAUGGAUUAAAAGCUGCUCGAGCCAAACAUUAUUAUUAUUUUUUAAGUAUAAGUACAGGCAAUAAGAGCCGAUC